CUGGCGCAGCGCCGCCCCCGGAGCCCGCGCACCGGCGCACAUCCGCGCACCGGCGCACCCCGCGCACACCCGCGCACCGGUAACCCUCCAGCCAGCUUCUAGGGCCUGGUCCGCCAGGCGCCCGCGCUCCCUGGGCGGACCCCGGCCUGCGCGCCCUAGCCGGCGAUGGCUCCACUUGGAUACUUCUUGGUGCUGUGCAGCCUGAGGCCAGCGCUAGGCAGUUACCCGAUCUGGUGGUCCCUGGCUGUUGGGCCGCAGUUCUCCAUGCUGGGCAGCCACCCGGUCCUCUGCGCCAGCAUCCCUGGCCUGGUGCCCAAGCAGCUGCGCUUCUGUCGGAACUACGUGGACAUCAUGCCAGGCGUGGCCGAGGGUGUGAAGGUGGGCAUCCAGGAGUGCCAGCACCAGUUCCGGGGCCGCCGCUGGAACUGCACCACCGUCAACGACAGCCUCGCCAUCUUUGGGCCGGUGCUCGACAGAGCCACCCGGGAGUCUGCCUUCGUCCAUGCCAUUGCCUCGGCUGGUGUGGCCUUUGCCGUGACCCGCUCCUGUGCAGAGGGCUCGGCUGCCAUCUGUGGCUGCAGCACUCGCCACCAGGGCACACCAGGUGAGGGCUGGAAGUGGGGUGGCUGUAGCGAGGACAUCGAGUUCGGCGGGAUGGUGUCCCGAGAGUUUGCAGAUGCCCGGGAGAACCGACCAGAUGCCCGCUCAGCCAUGAAUCGCCACAACAAUGAAGCUGGGCGCCAGGCCGUCGCUAGCCACAUGCACCUCAAGUGCAAGUGCCACGGGCUGUCGGGCAGCUGUGAGGUGAAGACCUGCUGGUGGUCACAACCUGACUUCCGCGUGGUGGGCGACUUCCUGAAGGACAAGUACGACAGCGCCUCGGAGAUGGUGGUGGAGAAGCAUCGCGAGUCGCGCGGCUGGGUGGAGACUCUUAGGCCCCGCUACACCUACUUCAAGGCGCCCACUGAACGCGACCUAGUCUACUAUGAGGCCUCGCCCAAUUUCUGCGAGCCAGACCCGGAGACUGGCUCCUUCGGCACGCGUGACCGCACCUGCAACGUGAGCUCGCACGGCAUCGACGGCUGCGACUUGCUGUGCUGCGGCCGUGGGCACAACGCCCGCUCCGAGCGGCGCCGUGAGAAGUGCCACUGCGUGUUCCACUGGUGCUGCUACGUGCGUUGCCAGGAGUGCACGCGCGUGUACGACGUGCACACCUGCAAGUAGGCUCCACACGGGGCUUGGGACACAAGGGCCAGGCUGAACAGGUGGGGCACAGCGGAAUUUUCUGGAGGCGUCAGCUCAGGAUGUCAGCGUCAGGCUGGCUCCGCGCCACGCCUCUGGACCUGGGCACCUUCUCUAGUCCCUCGCAUCCUUCCUCUGCUGGAAGGUUCCUACCUUCCGAUCAGGACUCCCCCGAACAAAGCCUGCAGCCUCCGCGUGCGCCCAAGCACUGAGCUCAGAGAAAAGGGCGCCUGCCUCUGCCCUGCACGCCACAUGCGGACCCCCCACCACCAACCUGGGAAUGCCCCUCUAUCCCUGCCCAGCUGUCCCAGCUCAACCCACGGCUCCCCAGAGAUGCCGGCCUCAUUUUUGACGGUUAGGAGACUCAGGCCUCAGUGCAAGGGCACACUGCAGACAGAGGCCCUGAAGCCCUCUGUGGCCAGGACAGGCCUGGGGCGUCAUCCAGAGCUUCUGAUGAGCCGGCCAGUGAAGUAGCACCCACCCCCCACCCUCCACCCGGGAGAACUCUGCUUGGCCCUGCCACUGUGAAUCGUCCCCUGCAGGCAAGAAGGGGCUGGCCAGAAUGGGCUCUGCGAGUGCCAAGAGGACAUGCGUGACUGUCCUUCCCUGGCAUUUGGAUUUGUGGUUUUAAUUUUAUUUCCAAUGCUGCUAUAUCUACCAUUCACUGGAGUUAGACAGAUAUGUUGUUUCAUUUUGAUUUUUUUUUCUUUCUAUGAAAGAAAUUAUUCUAGUGAUAGCACAUGAGUUUCAAAUGAUGCGGAAAGUCGAAGAAGAAACAGUCCAAUAAGCCUGUGGUUUGUACUGGAAUUUUUCCUUUUAUCUUGCCUGUUUUAUAUUUUUGUUACGUGUAUUAACUGUAUGUAUAAGGAGGCUUCCUGUGAUGUUUCCCCAAGUGCGGAGCUGUCCAGUCAGCCUGGCAGGUAACAUUUCCUGUCCUCACAUUUGGUGGGUCUGUAGAAGAGGUCCCAGCCUGAAGCAUGGCCAGGUUUCCAGAGAAAGCAACUCGACCUGGGUGCUGAGCCUGAGGAGGAAGUGUAGGCCAAACUGGGGAGAGAGUGGAGUCGGGGUGGAGGAUAGGGAGUGGCACCAGAGCCUUCAGUGUCCAGGACGGGAGAAGGGGCAGGUGAAGAGGCAGGCAAAGUGGUGAGCGGAGACCGCUUAGGGUUACAGCGCGGAGGGACCGUGGGCCAGGCCACCUCCCUGUGUCCCCGCCUACUGUGUGUGCCUAUUCCCUUGGGCUGUGGUGUGGCCCGGCUGCUCAUAUCCUGGAAGUGGAAAGUCACCUGGACCCUGAGAGAGGGCUGGCUACCAGGUUGUCCACAGCUUUGGGGGGCAGUGGAGAGAGGUGGCCCUUCCCAGAGAGCUCUGUGCCCAUCAGCCUUCCUAGGUGGCCCCUGCCUACCUUACUCAGGAGUGGAUACAUUGUGGAAACGGGUCUUACCUCUCCCUGUGGCCCUACCAAGGUCUCUGUUGCCUUCUCUGCCCUUCCAUGCCUGUACCCAGAUUGUCCCCACUUCCCAAUGACCAGGCAAAGCCCAGGGCAGCAAAACCCAGGGAAGCUGGGGGAAUGGUUGAAGGCAGCAGGUCCAGUCCAGCAUGGUCACUCUGCACAGACACUUGCAGGCCAGCUGCAAGACAGGGCUGGGGGACGGGCCCAAUGAUCUUCCCCACCUCUGCAGCACCGAUGGUGGAUAUGGCGGCAGUGAUCACUGUGAACCCUAGGAGCAGGAGAUCUAUGCUACCUCAAGGCACUGGAGAGGAGCUGGGAUCAGUUACCCUCCAAAUGGGGAGGACCCAGACCCCCAUCUCUCCAGGGGAGAGUGUACUGCUGGCCUAGGGGGAGAUAGGCACACAGUCACCAGGCUGUGAGAGCCAAGAAAAGAUGCAGCUUGGCACAAAGCAGUGCCCUGCCAGGCCCUCUGUCCCCAGCACAGGGUCCUCAGAUCUGCCAGCCACAGGAUGCCCAUAGGAGAAGGCUGGCUUGUGAGAACAUGAAGAGAGGAGUCUGAAGCUACACGUGACCUGCGGGGGCGAGGGAGGGAGGUCCUAUGGGGUCCACCAGUGUGAUACCACCCGAUGUUAUGCUUCCCUGGCUUUGUGUCACAAUCAUCCCAGCCUCCUCCAAGAAGUGUGGGGGUCAGAGGAUUCCCAGAGUCAGUGUCACAUGCCUAGUCAGGCCCCCAUGACACCCUCACUGUCCCCCUUGGCCACCCACUGGAAGACUGUCCCCUAUCCCCCACCCGUGCUGUCAGCUGUGUCUACUGUACCAUAUCCUGAGGACACCCAGUGUCCCAGCAGAGUGCAGGAGGAAUAACGCCCUACACAAACAGAGGGCAAGGCAAGGGACAGCCAGGAGGACAAGGGUAGGGCCGGGAGUGGGCAGCGUGGGGACACAGGCAUGCCUCAGAGGGUGGGCUGUGACAGGGAAGUCACUGGGACCUGGUCCAGACCUCCCAGCCUCACAGAUAAUGGAGCAGCAGUGCCCCAUCAGACUCCUGACACGGGGAGCCGAUGGCCCAGGAGCAUUGGGAUGGGAUGUGCAGGAGUGUUCCACUCCCUUCCUGUGGCCUCAGAGUCCUACCCUAUUCUGGGCUCUGGCUGAGGACAGGUAGCUUGGUACUUCCAGCCCACAGCCUCCUCCUCUGGGCAUCUUGGCCCUGCUGCACCCCACUCUCCUGUGCCAAGCACACCCCAGGUCACUGGCUUCCCAGAGCAAGAUGACCUACACCAGCUAGUGGGGGACAGCACUCCACUGUGAAGUAGAGACAGGAAGACAGGUGUCCACUCUCAUUCCAGGUAGCAAGUCACCAGUGGGAGGGGACUGGCCCUGGACCAUGACUGUAAGUGGGAGUCUCCAGGGCAGAGAUUGGGUCCUCUGACAGGCCAGUCCCAUAGACUUCAAGCAUCCUGAGGCACUACAGUAGUUGGCACCUGCAGGGGUACCACUCCAGGGCCCCAGAUGAGGAUGGGUGUGACCCUGGGGGGAAGCAGGGCAGAGUCCCUUAGAAGUGGGGAUGUCCGGAGACUGGUACCAUGGAGGGAGCAGGACCACAUAUCCACUUCCAGACUGGGCCACCUUGGAAAGCCAAAGGCCCCUCACACCCAGGCUGUUUGUCCCACUUAGUCCGGGGACAGGGCAGCACUGGCCUGAGAACACCACAGGCUCUCCAGGGUGGCCGAGGGCCUCCAUGCCAAUGGUCUCUGUGGCCCAGGGGAUGGUGUUAGGCUGGCCCUUCCCAUCCACACCACCAGGACCCUGGGGUGCAGAGGGCAGAUUCCACAAGCAGCUGACCAAGGAAUAGGGCACGAACAGCCUCAGGGCCACAAGACAGACCCAAUUAAUAGCUACAGGAACCAGAAGACGAAACCAUCCACCCUUUGGGCCUUUGAGUAGUAACUCUCAGGGGUCCUGCUGGCCUGAGCUGCCCACUUCGAGGCUCCUCUGGGGAUUUACAGCCCCCUCCACCACCCCAGGAGGAAAUGAGCUGGCUGGCCUGUUCACAGGUAGUUGAGACAGCCCACGAAUAACCAUAUAAAAGACCCGGAGGUUGUAGCCCAGCCUCCUGUGAAUCUCACACUCUGGGCUUUGAAGUCCUGGAGGGGGUGUGACCCACCCCUACCUGGGGCCCUCAUGCUGAUACCCUCUGCCUUGCCAUGGACUCAUUGCUUCUGGGUCUUGGGCACUUGGCAUCCUCCUGCAGGAAGGAGGGGGUGAUGUGCCACAGCUAGGUGGCAGCUGUGUGUGUGGGUGACUGAAGAGUCCAGGCCAAGUCACAGGGGUGAGCACCUGGGGCAGGAGGCAUCCAGGAAGUCCCUGGGGCCACCCUGGAGAGGUGACCAAGCUGAAGUCUGUCCCUGGGCUGGGGAGGGAGAGAACUGGAACUCCUCCAAAGACAGCCAGGCUGCUCUGUGGGCCUCAGUUAACCCAUCUGCAUGGCCACUGUUGAGUCGGGCAAGGCUGGCCCCAUCCUAGGGCACUGAGAAGGAAUAACAGUCUCACCGCAGAGAUUCCCUGUGCUGACACAGGCCCCUCCCUGGGAUUCAGCAUCUCAGUGGAUGCAGAAGUGGGCAUGGAGCCAUAGCCCUGAGCUCAGAGCUGGGGUUUUCACGAUGGGGUCUUGGUGCCAGGUAGAGUGCCAGGCACUCAUCCCAAGAGGGAACCCUAGAAGGGGGCAUAGAGACACCUGGAUCCCACCACACUGUCCAGAGCUCUGGCCACAGCCCCUGCCCUCUGACCCUGGGGUUGCCCUUCCUGAGUGCCUCCACUUACUUGCCCAGGAGGAGAUGGGACACAGCCCUGCCCAGGGGCCUGGCUGAUGGUUGGGGACAGGGACCAGGGACAAGGCCUCACACCCUCCAGCUCUCUCCCUAACAGCCACCCACUCACCCUCUGGAUCUGUCAUUCUCCCUAGAGGGGCGCCCUGGGACAGGAUCCUCGAGGUUACAGCCAUCUCGUGGUAGGAACUAGGCACCACUAGGGUACCCCGUGCAGCCUUGCUGGGCCAGAGCACCAGCCAGGGUCCAGGCCUGGUCCCAGUCCCAGGGUGCCAGCUUUCAGGGUGACACCCCAGGCUCAGGUGUUGGUCCAGGUCCACCCAGAGAGUUGUAUCAUGUGCCCCUUGGUGACUGCUAGAUCACUGUUGGACAAAAAGGCUGCUACCCUUCAGAGAAGCCCUGGGAGAUGCCAGGAGUGUGGGGGCAGGGUGAGGAGGCUGGGGAAGCCUGGAUAGGGUUCCCAGCCCAGCCCGGUACCGCAGGCCAGGCGCAGUUGGGUGGGCGGGCAUUGGGAGGG